GCAGAGCCCUCGGAGCGCCGGGGAUAACUGUGCAAUGGCACCGCACCCCUGCCCUACUCACGCGGGGCACAGGAGCUGAGCCAAAGGCUUCCAGGCACGACACAGACAGAACCGCCUAAGCCACAAGGAGCCUGCUUGUCUGGGCCUCUCCUGCUACCGGCUGUAGGAGCGCGGCUGCCACUGGGCCUCCGGGCCAACCUCCCGGCUGCCACCAUGACUCAGGGAUUCUGGAAAGUCUACAAGUCCAAAGUGCUGCAGACUCUGGGCAGCGAGGGGCAGGAGGAGGAGUUCAAGGAUGAGGGACAGAGCCAGCCAGUUUUUCCUGGUGCUACCCCUGCAGCUGUUCACGCUGCCCUCCUCAACAUGCGCUGCUGCCCCAUGGCUGAUGCUGUGAGUCUGUUUCAGGGGGAUAACCCUGAGCUGGUGGAAACCACAGAUGCCCCAGUUCUGAUGGAGGAGGGAUCGAACCCCAUCUCCCAGCUGGCACGAAGGGUCCAGGGGGCUGGCGCCAGAGGCUGGAGGAGCAUGUCGUCUCUGUUCAAUAGGGAGGAUGAGCACAAGCUGCUGACCCCCGAGCCCUGCGCUGACCAUCCCCCGCAGCGUGCGGUGUCUGGUUUUCCUCUCCUGCGUGUGUCCGGAUCUUUAUGCUCAGACGCUCCCCGCCCCCUAAUCUCCCCAUCUCUUGCUUCCAGCCCCCUGGCACCGAAGCCAGCGGAGUCGCCCUCUGCAGAGAAGACGACGUCAGGGUUCUGGGAUGUCUUUGCCACCAAGUGGCAGCAGGCCUCUGCGCUGGACAAGAAGACGGCCCCGCCUGAGUUCAGCGAGCCAGCGGCCGAGUUCAGCGGGGCGCCAGGGGAGCCCCCGGGAGAGGAGCCCACCUAUUCUAACAACGGCAGCGACCUCCGGGAGCCAGAAGAGGGCGCCUUCAAGUGGGGCUUCCUGGUCAGCAAACUGGCUGAGAUAAGGAAUAAAAAUGCCCCCAAGAGUAACUAGAGCGGAAGGACCUUUCCCAUCAGCCUCAGCACAGGGCCUCUCGCUCACUCGGGAGGCGAACACCCAGCAUUUCAACCCUUUCCGUCCCUGCAAAGAAUCCAGCAGCACCGUCAGCCUAGAACACCCACAGCGUGGCUGCAGUAUCCCGCCCCGCACCCCCAGGAUCUGUCCCUGUGAGCUAAGGGGCUGGAUGGUUCAGUGGCUGAUACCCUCUCCCUCUGGGGAUCCCAGCCUGCCCUGGGGUGGAGAGACUAGAGCGUCUCACCGGCUUUCCCGCUCUCCGAGUUCUGUGGUUCACAUGGGGACAUUGGUCGCCCUGGGCUUUGCUCACAGUGACACUAGCUGGGCCUGAGAACGUGGCUGGGCCCGGGGAAUCCAGGGUUAGCCUGUCCUGGAGCCUUGCUCCCCUCGCCUUGGGCCAACAGCGGCACUUGGGUUGGGAGUCCAGAGCUCGGGGUAGCUCGUACCACGUGGGCAUCUUGGGGACACGGUGGAGGUCCAGCCAGCACCCAUCAUGCCCAGAGGAAUCAAGUAGGUAAAGCAUUGAAACUCAGCUGAAAACACCCCCCUGGAUCACCCUGGUGCAGCGCCGGCCUCUACAUGAUAUCAAUGAGGUCCCCACUGCUGGGAAGCCCUUGUCAGAGCGAGGUCUCUACUAAGCUCCUCCCUUGUGUUCUGUACCGUUUGCACUGUCAAGGAGAGAUCCUGGGACCACGCCAGUGUGUGACGCAUCUCACAGGGCUAAGCACUCCCUACCCGUACUGUACAACGUGCUCGCAGCCUAGUGGUUAGAGCAGGACCUGGGCUGCCUGAUCUGCUAUUGACUUGAAUUGAGUGACUGUGGGCAAGUCCCGUCAUCUCUUUGCACAACAUUUGAAACGUGAGCAAGAGACUUUCUAUCUGCUACCUCCCAGGCCUGGUGUGAGGUGACUGGGCUGAGCCUGCCCCAUGGACUGAGCAAUUCAUGGACCUAGAGCGCUUUGUGAUCCUUGCAUGGCUGGAGUGGAGGAAGCCCAGAGCCCGAGGAGCUGCAGUUCUGUGUACUGUGAUUUCCCAAACCUGGCAAGCCAAGGCUUUCAGAAGUGACCAGAGCCUGUGGGUGCCGAGCCUGGUAGCCCUUAAAGGGGCCCAGUUUGUUGAAAGAGCAGAGCACCCACCUCGGAAAAGCCAAACCCUCUUUAAAGGUGGCUCCAGCUGGAUACCUGAAAAUGAAGAACCAAAGAUCACUAGGCGCUUUAAAAAGCUUGGCCAUGGUGGCUUCCAUCCUAACUCGUGUAACCAGGGCAGCCGGGCUUUCAGACACUUUCUUUGGCCAAAGCCUGGAUAAGAAGGAGCAGGUUCUUGGUGCCUCUGGGUUAGUGUUUGGCUAAGGAGUGCCAAGAACUCCCCCUCCAGCAGGAAGAGUUCUGGAAUUAGAUGUUCAUGGUGGCUUGUGAAUUACUGUUCCACAGCUCCUUGCAAGGCCUGGAUCACCCAGCUGCAGGGAACCGACCCAGCCAAGCUUCCCCGCAUGAAACUCUAUUUCUGCGACUCAGACCCACCAUCACACAUGGACGGGGGCUGCAGUUGGACUGGCCUGGGCAUUUGCAGAGCGCACGUGAGAGAGGCGUUUUCCCGCCGCUGUGCCUGUUUAACACUGACGGUGUCAUUUGCAGUGAGUUUCAGCUGAUCUUUAUCAUAUGUAGACGUGUAUAAAGUAAAGAUCCCUUCCCUCCA